AUGCCACGAACUCUCUAUGUUGGUAACCUGGAUCCGAGCAUCACGGAAGAAUUCCUCUCCACACUGUUCGGCCAGGUUGGCGUGGUGACCAAGGCCAAAGUUGUAUAUGAUCCGCACAGCGACCCCUAUGCUUUCAUCGAGUUCACCGAACACAAUGAGGCCGCAAACGCCUUGGGCGUGAUGAAUCGAAGGGUUCUCCUAGAGAGGGAACUAAAGGUCAACUGGGCUACUGAACCCGGACAGCAACAGGUCAAGGUUGACACAAGCAGGCACUUCCACGUAUUUGUCGGCGAUCUCAGCCCUGAAAUCGACAACAAAGUGCUGAAAGAAGCUUUCAUCCCGUUUGGAGAAGUCUCAGAUGUAAAGGUCAUCCGAGACCCAUCUACGCUCAAAUCGAAGGGUUAUGGUUUUGUUUCUUAUCCCAAGAGAGAGGACGCUGAACGUGCCAUCGAACAAAUGAAUGGACAGUGGAUCGGCCGGCGCACAAUCCGGACCAACUGGGCCACCAGAAAGCCUAAUGAGGGCUUUGGGGGUGAAGCAGGAGGACACCACGGUGGUGGUGGUGGCGGAGGCGGUGGUGGUGGAUACCGCGGAAGGGGAGCUUUGAACUAUGACGACGUCUUCAAUCAAACGACUGCCGAUAACAUGUCUGUCUACAUUGGGGGUGUCGCGCAAGGUGUCAGCGAGGAGGAUAUCCGAGCCAACUUCCAACAAUUCGGCUCAAUUGAUGAGAUUCGCCUUUUCAAAGCACAGGGAUACUCCUUCGUGCGCUUCCACAGCAAGGAGUCUGCUUGUCGUGCAAUCUGCGAAAUGAGCGGCAAGGAAAUGUGCGGACAAGUGGUGCGAUGCAGUUGGGGAAAGACCGAUGCCGGUGGUGGCGCUGGACGUGGAAGUGGCCCCGCGCAGCCUGGCCCCGGUGGUUAUGGAUAUGGUUACGGAUCGGCCGGAGCCUACAACCAAACCCAAACGGCCCCGGCUGGACUCGGAACUGGGGCUGCCGGUGGCUACAACCAGCAAUACUAUCAGCAGUACUACAACCAGUACUACCAGAACCCACAAUAUCAACACGGAUCUAUGUCGGUUUCGAAAGAGGAAGUCGAACGCGAGCAAGAGGAAAGGAAGGAAUAUGUUAAAAAUAUCGGCAUUGAGUAUCGAUAUGGAUGUUAUGAGGAGAAGCGGCCGGAAUCCUGUCAGCUAUUAGCUGAAUAUAUGGAGGCCAUUGACUCAAAUUUCAAGGCCGCCCUCACGCUAUACAAAGAAAAUUGCGAGACAAGAAAGUACCCCAAAAGUUGCUUCAAGUACGCCAUGUAUCUACUUUCCGGCAAAGAUGAUCCCUCACAGCUGCGCCAAUGUUGCAAGAAUGUA